CGUCAUGUUCACAAAAUUGUCUAUAUAUUGUUUACAAAAAUUAUGGAUAUACUAGAAGAUCAGAUGAUUAGAAAACCCGAUGGAACUAUACCGCAUGUGUAAAGAACACAGAAGAACUUCUUGAGUUAAUGAAAGAAUUAUAUGCAGAAAAUUUAAAGAAAAAUAUAGGAAUGGAAAUUAUUUAUGUGUCGGCGGAUACAACAGAAGAAAUGUAUGAACAAGGCAUUGCUGAUCAGGGGCCAUGGUGUGCUAUUCCCUUUGAAGACGACAUUUCUGUAGAACUAAGAUAUAGAUAUGAUGUGACCUCUAUGCCACAGCUUGUUGUGGUUAAGAAAGAUGGAACCAUAAUAUCAGCGAAAGGUAAGCGAGAGUUGGAAAGUUUAGGAAAUAACGUGUUGGUGACUUGGACUGAUUACAUUCAAAAAUAGACUAUGAAUAAAUAAUAAUAAAUUUAUAAAUUAACAGAAUUAUUCUUCUUGUAGAUUAAUUCUAGAACUAUCACAAUAGAUCUCUACUAAAAAUAAAUAUAUCAUUUAUUGUGUACCUAUUAAAAUAUUAAGUAGUGCUUACCAGAA